AUGGUAGCCCUUCGGGUCAUGGAGCUCUAUGUGUCCUGCAUCACCUCACCACCUAAACCCCCUAGCUCCGCAGGUAUCCACACACACAGCACGGGUCGACCGCAGCAUGCCACAGCCGCGCCAACCGCAGCACCGACGGACAUCAGCAAGCAACCGCCCCGGGUCUCCGCUCGGGACCUGUCUUUGCUGAUGUAUCCGGUCCCGAGUGAGGAGAUGCGCAGAAUAUAA